GCGGCCCGCCCCCCCGGCCCCGCCGCGGCAUCCUGGCGGGGCGACGCCGGGACGCCAGUGGUCCGAGCGCGAAGGCUCAGGGGUGGGAAGGUGUGAGCCGCAGACCGAGCGGGGCCGGGAAGGCAGAGGAGGCCCGGGGGUGGCCGGAGCACUGGGUCCCCGCGGCUGCCGCCCGCCCGGCUGACUGACUGACGAGCGAGCGAGCGAGCGGCCGGCUUGGCGGCGUCCCGCGGAGCCGAGCCAUGGCCUCGGGUGGAUAUAAUCCCUAUGUAGAAAUAACUGAACAGCCGAGGCAGAGGGGAAUGCGCUUUAGAUACAAAUGUGAAGGGCGUUCAGCAGGCAGCAUUCCAGGGGAGCGCAGCACAGACAACAGCCGGACAUACCCGUCUAUUCAGGUUAUGAACUACUAUGGAAAAGGAAAAGUAAGAAUUACAUUAGUAACAAAGAAUGACCCAUAUAAGCCUCAUCCUCAUGAUUUAGUUGGAAAAGACUGCAGAGACGGGUACUAUGAAGCAGAAUUUGGACCAGAACGCAGACCUUUGUUUUUUCAAAAUUUGGGUAUUCGAUGUGUAAAGAAAAAAGAAGUGAAAGAAGCUAUUAUUUUAAGAAUAGGUGCAGGAAUCAAUCCUUUCAAUGUCCCUGAACAGCAGCUGCUGGACAUUGAAGACUGUGACCUAAAUGUGGUGAGGCUGUGUUUUCAAGUUUUCCUUCCUGAUGAGCAUGGCAACCUGACUACUGCCCUUCCUCCCGUUGUUUCUAACCCAAUUUAUGACAACCGUGCCCCAAAUACUGCAGAAUUAAGGAUUUGUCGUGUAAACAAGAACUGUGGAAGUGUCAGAGGAGGAGAUGAAAUAUUUCUACUUUGUGACAAAGUUCAGAAAGAUGAUAUAGAAGUUCGUUUUGUGUUGAAUGACUGGGAAGCCAAAGGUAUUUUUUCACAAGCUGAUGUACACCGCCAAGUGGCCAUUGUUUUCAAGACUCCUCCAUAUUGCAGAGCUAUAUUGGAGCCUGUGACAGUGAAAAUGCAGCUGCGGAGACCUUCUGACCAGGAAGUUAGUGAAUCUAUGGAUUUUAGAUACCUGCCAGAUGAAAAAGAUGCAUAUGGCAAUAAGUCAAAGAAACAAAAGACAACUCUGCUUUUUCAUAAACUGCUGCAAGAUUGUGCAGCUAGCUUUCCUGAGAGACCAAGAACUGUCCCAGGGGGGUCGAUUGGAGAAGGAAGAUUCAUCAAAAAAGAAUCAAACUUGUUUUCUCAUGGUACAGUUUUAGCAGAAAUGCCCAGGUCUUCAGGAGUCCCAAGUCAAGCCGAACCCUACUACUCUUCGUCUGCUUCCAUCUCAAGUGGAUUGCCACAUCAUCCACCAGCCGUACCCUCAGUGGUCCAUCAGCCCGCCAGCUGGGCAUCAGUGACCCCCCCCACCUCACAGCCAGCCAGCACAGACACACUGAGUAGCUUCUCAGCGGGGACCCUUUCCUCUAAUCCGCAAGGCAUCCUUCCUUUCCUGGACGGGCCUGGCGCCAGCGAUGUAAGUGCUUCUAACGCUUGCCUCUAUGGUACUGAUGGCCUAGCUGGAAUGGAAACAUCAUCCAUGUCACCGGCUAACUUAUAUAGUCUUUCUGAUGUCAGCAUGCUAUCUAAAUGCCCUGUGAAUGUGAUGACAACCAGCAGUGAUAGCAUGGGGGACACUGAUAAUCCAAGACUUGUGAGCAUCAAUCUUGAAAACCCCUCAUGUAAUUCAAGGUUAGACCCGCUGAGACAACUCCAUCAGAUGUCUUCCAUGGGCAUAUCAGCAGGCACCAAUGCCAGUUCUGUUUUUGUUCCCCAGCCAGAUGCGUUUGAUAGAUCAAACUUCAACUGUGUAGACAAUGGCCUGAUAAAUGAGCCCGAACCAUCAAAUGAUGCAAGUAAUCAUAAUUUUGUUCAGAGUAGUCAGUAUUCAAGUAUUGAUACUCUGCAAAGUGACCAGUUGAGUGAUUCCCUUGCUUAUAGUUUUUUUAAAAUAUAACUUGCAGGACUUAAAUCUAGAGAGCUAUAAAACUUUAGGUGUAUAGAGUAUAAAGAGAAAGUUCAGAAGUAGGAACUUUGCAAGGCUCUGCUGUUUCUUACUUUGAAAGAUAGGCCUAAAGUACAUGUGCUCAAUGUGAACUGUUUUCCAUAUUUCUCCAAGACAAGCUAUGUGUCUUUCAUAACGUAUUAAUGUAUUAGUUAAAUGAACUGAUAUUUGCUUUCAAGCAGAUAUAAGGUAAACCAUGUAAUGGCUAUGCCAUUGGGAAAUAAAUUCAUUAUUGUUGAGGCCCAUAGGCCAAAGUGACCCCUAAGGGGUUUUCUGAGAGUUCUUGGUAUUUUGUGAGAGAGAGAGAGAGAGAGAGAGAGAGAGAAUGUCACACGUGCUGAAGUGAGUUUUCAACGCAUGGAAGAUUUUUUUUUCUAUUCUAUAUUAUUUAGACCCUUAUCUUUAAACUUAUGAAAUUAGCUUUAUGCCCAUAGUUUCAAGAAAAAGAGUUUUUCUGGAGCCUUUUCUUCAUUAGAUGCCUUUGAUCCACCUUUGAUCUCAUAAAGCAUGUCUACUUCUCUAUGAAGAAUUAACCAGAUAGUCUGGCUCAUGUCUGUCAUCUCCCUACCUGAGCUAUAUAGUAAGUUCAGUACCAGCUUGGGCUGAACAUUUUGUCUCAAAAAUAGAAAAGAUUAAGGCUGUGACCUAGUGGUAGGGCUUGGUUAACAUUUGCAAGCUGCUGUGUUCAACCCCUGUGGAAGAAAAAAGAAAACAUAACAUUUGUUUUAGCCUAGUAUAUUCAUACCUAAGUUUUGAACUUUUCUCUCAGACUUCUUGUCCUUCAGUCUUCGCCACUGUAAAUUGUCAUGCCAGGCUUCCAGCUGCUAAGGCAAAAACGUUGAUGUCACCCUUGAUUCUUCUUUUGUCUCCCAUAUUUGUCCAAUCAGUAAAUCCAGAAGGCCAUUCCAUCGAUAUAUUUGCAAAGCUGACCACCUCUUUUGAACUUUUGUUUGAGACAAGAUGGCCUCAAACCUGCUAUGUAGCCAAAGGUGACCUUGACCUUAGGCUCCUCCUGCUCUGCCUCUGGAAUGCUGGGAUGACCAGUGUAUACCCCACACCAAGGUCAUGUGGAGCUGGGGAUUGUAGGCAGAGCUUUGCUGGGAGAGGCAUGCCUGCCCAGCUCAGACUAAUCACAGGCAUUUUGUAUGAGCGGGCACUGACAGACACAGCUAUUAGAACGCUCAGCAGAUGGUGCUUGCACAUUGACUCGUCUCACAGUCUCUCCUCCAAGUUGAAGCAAGGUACUUCUACAUCUGUGUGGAGUGUUUGCAGUUGAUGUUUUACUUCCAGGUGCUACUGGCUGAUCACAGCUCAUCUUAGAACUUACAGCACAUUUGCUGCAUGACUCCCUGGUUGCAUUUGUGUUCACCUGGCUUUGAAGGGAUCCAAAUUCCACUUUCCACUACAUCUUUCCUCCUUUCCCCAGUAUCCUCGCAUCACCAUUUAGUUUUUGCUUCCUUUGUAUAAACAGAAUAAAUAUCUUCUUGAGCUUUAAAGGAAGUGCUGAAAAAUAUCCCCCAAAGUUCCAAAAACCCUAUUCACAUGGUGCCCCUUCCUUCCACGUUUAACUUUGAAGUGCUGUGCCUCCAUCUUCUCACAUCUAUCUGUCUUUAGUUCACCCCAUUCCUUGUCAAAUCCCAAGUCUUUUUUCCCUACUCAUCUGCCCUGUCCACAGCCUGCAGCCUGCUGAGGGACCGCAUCCCCUAGGUUCCUAAGCCCAGCCCUCAGGAGGUGCUCUCAUCAGACCACAGCGGCAGCUUUCUCUCAUGCUGUGUGAAUGCUCAUAUCAACUGCCUUCUCUUACACUCUGCUUUCCCAGUUGCAUUACUGCUGACACUAGAUAUAUUUAACAGAAAGCUCAGUCAUAUUUGAUUUUCCUCAAUUCAUACAUAGUCCUUUUGAGUCUUCCUACUCAAAGGCUUUUGCAUCUCUUCAUUCUUUUUCUCCAAUGAGUAUCUUUUCCAUAUGCUCAAGUUUUUUUUAAGCACCCUAUUCCUUUUAACUUUGUGGUUGGAGCAUGUUGAAUUUUCCCCGCGGACCUCCAUAUAUGUAGCCCAUUCUGUCUCUGCUCCCAGCACUUACCUUGCAGCAGGCUUCUCUGCAGGGAGGGUUGGGUCCUGCUGCUGCAGCUGAGGUGAGGUGCCGCUGUGUGCUAUGCUCCCGUACUACAGACUUAAGUCAGUUAAGUGUGCGUCUCACUCUGGGGCUCCAGCACUUGACACAGACUCUGGCAUAAUUGGUGCUGAAUAAAUGGUAGCUAUUUGUUAGAAAUGGGAGGGUGAUUAUAAAAAUCAUAUUUGAGGAUAUGGUUUUUAAUGAGAAAAGUGUUUCACCCUUCAGGAAAAACAGGCCUAGAUGACCUGUCUUGUGAGACAUACUUUUCUUCUGGCAAACGGCCUUUCUCUUCUUAAAAAAAAAAAAAGAAAUAU